AGUUAACUGGCUCUACCGGAGGGGAGCGCGUGACUACCAUGGCUGCACAGACUCGAGCUCUCGUGGCGGCGCGAUGGCUCGCGGAUGCUGUAAAAAGCAACCGAGUGGGACCGAAACUACGCAUAUUAGACGCGUCUUGGUACUUGCCUAAACUCAAACGCGAUGCGAAGGCCGAGUUUAAACAAAGUCACAUUCCCGGAGCCUCGUUUUUCGACAUCGAUGACUGCUGUGACAAAAGCUCGAAGUUUGAUCACAUGCUGCCCAGCGAGGGCGAGUUUGCAGACUACGUAGGUAAUUUGGGAAUAGGCAACGACACUCAUGUCGUCGUUUACGAUGCCAGCGACAUCGGCUCGUUCGCUGCACCAAGGAUAUGGUGGAUGUUUAGGGUAUUUGGUCACAAAUCGGUUUCGGUUCUGGACGGCGGCUUCAAGAACUGGUUAAGGGAAGGUCAUCCCGUCACCGACCAGUACACGAAACCACAGCGCACCAAGUUUAAGACGACCUUUAACGGGUCCUGGGUAAAAACUUACGAAAAUGUGCUGGACAACAUAAAAAACAAGGAGUUUCAAGUGGUCGACGCCAGAGCCAACGGAAGGUUUCGUGGGGUUGAACCGGAGCCAAGGGAAACCAUUGAACCUGGUCAUAUCCCUGGCUCUAUCAACAUGCCUUUCACCAGCUUCAUGGACUCAAAUGGUCAGGAGCUUCCUGUGGAGGAACUCGCUAAGCUUUUCCAGCAAGCUGGAGUUGACAUCCAGAAGCCCUUCUGUGUUACCUGUGGCUCAGGUGUGACUGCCUGUCACAUCGCCCUCGCCGCUCACCUGUGCGGCCACCCGGGCGUGUACCUGUACGAUGGAUCGUGGGUUGAGUGGUUCAGCAAAGCUGCCCCUGAACACGUGAUCUCUGAGGGAAAAGGAAAGCACUGAGAUCCAUAUUAAACCUUUUGCACUAAGCCAUCAACUGCAUUACUUUGUUAAUGUUGGAUAUUUUUUUUUUUUUAAAGGCAAAUGACAUACAAAAUAUUUCAUAAAAUAAUUUUACUGUAAAAAAAACUCACUGCAUAGUUAGUACAAACAUAUACUUGUAAAGUAUUGUUUAGACAAUUCCACUUGGACAUAAACAAUUACACACGCUGUUGAAUUUUUGUAUAAUUGAAUUAAAAUUGCAUUUAAAAUGAAUAAUGCACACCAAUCUAGAGAAAUAGGAGCAACUUUAUACAAAUAUAGGCAAUAGGCAUUUGAUCUGUUACAAGUUUAUCCCAGCUAAAUAUAAACAAAACCUGUUGUAACUUUAAAAAGUAUAUUUAAAAGUUCCUGUUUUCUUUACAGAGUCUAAUAAACGCACGUAAAAUCC